GUUGCGCUGUGUGGACCAGGUGGACUGAAGGGGCGGAGGUAACCAGCAGCGGCCAGUGGCGGCCGCCUGCAGUCCCCCGCCCCCUCCACGCAACGCUCGCGACACGCGCGACUAGAGAGGACACGGGCGGCGGGGCUAGCUGUCUUCCGAGCUCGGGCACCGCUACCAUCUGCUGCUCUGCGAGGAGUCCGCGUGUUCCCCGCAGCGCUCAGCUCCAAGCCGGCCACCAUGGAGGCGCAGGCACAAGGCUUGUUGGAGACAGAACCACUACAAAGAAGAGAUGGGGAUGCAGUAGACAAUGCUGACUUCCCUAGCACGCUCUCUGAGGAGGAUAAGGAGGAGCUAAAGGCAGAAUUAGUUCAGCUAGAAGACGAAAUCACAACAUUACGACAAGUUUUGUCAGCAAAAGAAAGACAUCUGGUUGAGAUCAAACAGAAACUCAACAUGAAUCUGAUGAACGAGUUAAAGCAGAACUUCAGCAGGAGCUGGCACGACAUGCAGACCACGACUGCGUACAAGAAAACGCACGAAACCCUGAGCCAUGCAGGGCAGAAGGCAACAGUAGCUUUCAAUAAUGUGGGAACUGCCAUCAGCAAGAAGUUUGGAGAUAUGAGGUCUCACUCUUUUGGGUACUCCAUCCGCCAUUCCAUAAGUAUGCCUGCCAUGAGGAAUUCUCCUACUUUCAAAUCAUUUGAGGAGAGGGUUGAGACAACUGUUACAAGCCUCAAGACGAAAGUAGGCGGGUCAAGCCACAGUGGUGGCAGUUUUGAGGAGGUCCUGAACUCCACAGCGCACGCCAGCUCACAGAAAGCUUCAGCAGGCCCUGGGCAGACCAAGGAAGAAGAGCUGCAGUGCUAGGUCCAGCCUGGGCUACUGCCGGUCAAUCUGCCUGCACCAUCUGCCUGAUAUGAAGAUCAAAAUCCCACUGGGAACCCUAAGUUUUGACAUUGAUAUUUAAAUGGGGUCUAUUAAAAAGUUUAAUAAAAUGAAUUCUAUUUGCA